AUGAGUGGUUUAACGGAUGUGGAGCAGAUGGCGGCUCGUCAAGUGUAUGUACCGGUAUCGUUUGAGCGUCGUGAGUUGGCACGGAGGACUUUGUUGAAUAAUGAUGUGGUUAAAAACCUCAGCCGGAAGGAAUUGAAGGAGCAUCAACCGUUUGUGGACAUGCUACUGUUCGUCGUAACAGUGGUGGUGAUGGGUGUAUCGUCUAUUGCCGACCAGUUGGCCGUGAUGGGUUCGGGAAGUGUUAAGAGCAUUGAAUACAUACCGAGAAUGCCCUAUGUAUUGCAGUACUUUCUCUCCACCUUAGUGGCGUGUGUUGCAACUGGUUUCUUUAUAGACCCAAGACGUAUUAAGGAGAUCUUCUCGCUUCAGGGCGUCGUUGAUUGUCUACCGAGUUUGCUAGCUGUGGCGGCAUCAGAUGUGAUUAAUCUCCGGAUGCAAGUCCAGGUGGACCCUGGCUUAUGGAAGGUCAUGUCUCAGACCAAACUUUUGUUCACAGUUCUCUUUGCCAAACUCUUUCUUGGUCAAACCGUGACCGUGACGCAGUGGUGUUCAUUGACUGGUAUUAGUCUGACCAUUCUUGCUUUCUCUUCACGAGGCUUGCAGGAGAUCAACAUCCCUUCCUACUAUGCCCUUGUGGUCGUAUACCUUGUCAUGAUAGCGAAUGUGGCGGGUGGUAGUCAUUGCGAGUUUAAGAUGAAACAACGAAAUGCACCCUUCUUCAUUGCCCUUGGCCAGAACCGAUUCACGGGGCUACUAAUCAGUGCUACAGUCGUGCCCUUUGAGAUCACCUACGCUGGUCAAUGGUCGAUCUUCCCCUUCGGCAACUUCCACUCCGGUGUCUGGACCAUGCUAUGUUUCGACUUACUAAAAUGCUGGCUGGUUAUCGCCGUUGUCAAACGUCUCAACUCCAUAUUCAAGACUCUCGCCGUCUCACUCGCCAUACUUGUUACGUACACCAUCUCACCUCUCGUACUACCCAACGCACCAUUCUCUAUCAUACAACUUUGUAUGAUCUGCGCCAUGGCUACUCUUAUACUCGCUUACGCAUCCGCUAGAGUGGACGCUGAACAAUUAUUUGAAAAGGAAGUUCUCUAUGCUAAACCAGGAAAUGAGCCCCAAGACACGGCAAGCACUCAACCACCCACUCCACACAACAGUCGAUCACCCAACAGACGAUCACCCAACAGACGAUCACCCAGUGGCAGAAACGUCUCCACUCGCUCACCAUCUCGACACCGACAUACUAGUCACUCACCAUCGAGUAAUGUUCAACAACGUGAUACUCGAAACCAAACACAAGGUCGACGAUCAAGCGACCACUCAUCUUAUGAUCAACAAUCCACCGACCGCUCCGGAUCAAAUACAGAAGACGAGGAAUACUUGGCGCAACCCUAG